CGGCGGCGGCGGUGGUAGCUGUAGCGGUUACUAGGCGGUCCGCGGCGGACCAUGGCCCUGGCCCAGCGUCCUUGGCCUCUCCUCACGGAGUCCACGGGCAGUGUCGCCGAGCGAGCCGACUUCCGGGAAGGAACUGACAAACGACUCAGCGGCGACCGGCGCGCUUAGCGCCCCGAACAUGCGGCAGUUCCUGCGGGCGACCCCGGGCUGCGGAGAGGCGGCGGCGGCGGCGGCGGCGGCGGCGGCGGCCGUGGUGGGAAGGAGGCGGUGGCGCCGGCGGAGGUGGCGGCGGGGACGGCCGGCGCCCAGCGCGGAUCCCUAGGGAGGCUGCUUGGCGCGGCCUGGAGCCUCGUCGACCAGGAUGCUGUCCCGAAAGAAAACCAAAAACGAAGUGUCCAAGCCUGCCGAGGUGCAGGGGAAGUAUGUGAAGAAGGAGACUUCGCCCUUGCUGCGGAAUCUCAUGCCUUCAUUCAUCCGGCAUGGUCCAACAAUUCCAAGACGAACUGAUAUCUGUCUUCCAGAUUCAAGCCCUAAUGCCUUUUCAGCUUCUGGAGAUGGAAUAGUUUCAAGAAACCAGAGUUUCCUUAGAACUCCAAUUCAAAGAACACCCCAUGAAAUAAUGAGAAGAGAAAGCAACAGAUUAUCAGCACCUUCUUAUCUUGCCAGGAGUCUAGCAGAUGUCCCUAGGGAAUAUGGCUCUUCUCAGUCAUUUUUAACAGAAGUUAAUUUUGCUGUUGAAAAUGGAGACUCUGGUUCCCGAUAUUAUUAUUCAGAUAACUAUUUUGAUGGUCAGAGAAGACGCCCACUUGGAGAUCGUACACAUGAGGACUACAGAUAUUAUGAAUACAACCACGAUCUCUUCCAAAGAAUGCCACAGAAUCAGGGGAGGCAUGCUUCAGGUAUUGGGAGAGUUGCUGCUACAUCUUUAGGAAAUUUAACUAACCAUGGCUCUGAAGAUUUACCCCUCCCUCCUGGCUGGUCUGUGGACUGGACAAUGAGAGGGAGAAAAUAUUAUAUAGAUCACAACACAAAUACAACUCAUUGGAGCCAUCCUCUUGAGCGAGAAGGACUUCCUCCAGGAUGGGAGCGAGUUGAGUCAUCAGAAUUUGGAACCUAUUACGUAGAUCACACAAAUAAGAAGGCUCAGUAUAGGCAUCCCUGUGCUCCUAGUGUACCUCGGUAUGAUCAACCUCCUCCUGUGACAUACCAGCCACAGCAAACUGAAAGAAAUCAGUCCCUUCUGGUACCUGCAAAUCCAUAUCAUACCGCAGAAAUUCCUGACUGGCUUCAGGUUUAUGCUCGAGCUCCUGUGAAAUAUGACCACAUUCUGAAGUGGGAACUGUUCCAGCUAGCUGACCUGGAUACAUACCAGGGAAUGGUCAAGUUGCUUUUCAUGAAAGAACUGGAAAAGAUUGUCAAAAUGUAUGAAGCCUACAGACAGGCUCUUCUCACAGAGUUGGAAAACCGCAAACAGAGGCAGCAGUGGUAUGCCCAGCAACAUGGCAAGAAUUUUUAAGUUAAUUUUUAAAAAAUAAAAUUUAAGUUUUAUAAGGGCUUUAAAAUAUUUUCACAGAUAAAAAACUGCAAACAAGUACUUUGGUUAAUAAAGGCAGCUUACUUUUUGGAAAUAAUAAAUUCUAAUUUUACAUGUAUUUUGUUAUUAAAAAUACUCUUAAUGAGCAAAAAAAAAAAUGAAUUUAUCAUUUUAAGAGCCAACAUGGCAAAAACUUCUAAAUGCUGAAUGUUAGGAAACUGCUUUGAAUAUUUUCAAUGGAGACAAACGCAGCAAGAAAUCUCAUAACUAGA